AAGUCAGACACAAAGGUGGACAAAGUCUAAACGCAACUUCAGCUAUAGCCUCCUUCAGAUGCAUCUUAACAACAAAUGCGCCACAAAAAGCUUUUGUGAAGUGACAAAAUGAAUUUUGCAACCGUUCAAGUAGAAUGGACUGCAGUGAAUGAAACACAUCCUUUAAUAGAGUGUAUUCGAAGUAACAACCAAAUGAAGUUAAGGAAACUAUUACAGUUUAAUAACAUCAAUGAUUUUUACCCAUUCAAAGAAAAGAACCAACUUAUGACUCCACUAAUGGCUGCUGUGGCCUGUUACAAUGAGCACAUUACUGUUUUUCUUUUAAAAGGGUCAGAUCCAAACAUACUGAAUCACAGUGGAUUCACUGCUUUGCAUUUUGUCUUAAAACUUCAAAGCUCCAACUGUUUUUGUGAGUCUUCUUCUUGAAGCAAAGGCCGAUCCAAAUGUACAUCCACCUCUAGGUUUUACUGCUCUGCAUUUUGCUGCCUUUCAUGACAGGAAAGAUGUUGUGAAAAUGCUUCUUUCAGCUGGAGCACUAAUAACAAGUAUACCAGCAGACAAUAAGAACAAUAAGAAACUCUUGGAGAUGAUUGGGAUACUCGCAUCAGAGGGGAAUGAGCUCUGCUCUAAAGUCAGGUGCUUUUUAGAGCUGGAAAUUUUUGCCUGUGAGAAAACUCCUGAAGAUGUUUUCAAAACUUUUGACAGUGACAUGCUGAAUGAACAUCCUCAGAACCAUUUAAUCAUGAUUGAAUUUCUCCUGACAAUGAAAUCACCAUAUAAUGAAAAAUUUAUCAAAUGGCUCAAACAAAAUGACUAUCUUUAUUCCUACAUUGAGAACAUUGUAGAACGCUUCCCAAACAUUCCUGAUGUGAAUAUACCUGUGGCAAUCAGUAGUUUGCAUACUGUGUCUUGCACCUUGGAUGAAAUACCUCUUGAACAGACAGUGUCAAUAAUUCCACAUUUACUCCAUCAAUUAAAAAAGAUGAAUCUGUGUCAUGUGGUACUUCAAAUCCUGUAUAUGAUAACACAGAAAACAAGUACGGAUCAGCAAUGGGACACCACAUUCCUAGAAACAAUAUGCAAAAGUAUAACUCCUUUUGUAAAGGAGCAGCAGCCCUCUGACAUUAGAGUGUUCACAUAUGGAGUCUUUGCAAACCUACUUCCUCUAAAACAUGCAGCUAAAAUCUUCAGGUCAGUGGGGAUCUGCACUGUGCCUGAAGAUGUUCUGACAUCUGCUGACAUGAAAAUGAAUGACAAGCUCAAAGAGGGACUGAGGAAACUCAAAGAUCACUUUAACAGAACAAACUCUGAAUGUGAAGACACUUCAGAGGCUCCUAGGUCUAGGAAAAAGAAGAAAAAGAAGAAGAAGAAAAAGAAGGAAAAGUCUGAGAUAAACAGUCAGAUAGAUACAGUUCCUGUUGAGGAAUCCACUUCUAAUGUCCAGCCAUUUUUAUCCAACUCUGAAUCUUUGCCAACACGUAAGUGGCUCUCGAUCAGCAGAAGAUGGAAGGAAAAGCUGGAGAAACUCCAGAGCUCUGAACAAAUCUCUCGAAUAGGAAGUAUAGUGUAUGUGAAUGAUGCAGAGUUCCUCAUCGCUAAAGGCAGUGAUGGGACUGAGGUCUUCCUGGGGCUGAGGGAUGAUGGCACUGAAGUGGCCAUUAAGAGGAUGACAAAGUCCAACUAUCGAGUGUUGAAGAACGAGGAGGGGUUCCUGCGUCUCCCAGAGUUGGACCACCCCUCUAUAGUACGAUACAUCGAUAAUGCUGAGGACCUGAACUUUGGGUAUUUGGCUCUUCAGCUUUGUGAAUACACUCUGGAAGAAUAUCUCAAAGACAAUGACAGUCCUUCACUGAAAGAGAGUCUGGUACGACAGUUCCUUAACAGUUUGAAGGUUCUUCAUAGUCAAAAGCCUCCAAUUCUUCAUCGAGAUCUAAAGCCACAAAAUGUUUUAAUUGAUGUAAAUGGAAGAGCCAGACUGGCAGACUUUGGCAUCAGUAGACGGCUGCUCAAAGGACAGACCACUCUGCGAACAGCCAGUGCUGGGACCAAGUGCUGGAUGGCCAAAGAGACCCUGACAGAAGAGGACAGUGGGACACCUUAUAAAUCAAACACUGACAUACAGGUUGCUGGAAUGUUGAUUUAUUACAUCCUGUCUGGUGGCCAUCAUCCCUUUGGGAACAGGUUCCUGUGUGAAGCAAACAUUUUAUUUGGGAAAUACAGCCUGGAGCAUGUAGACGACUUGGUGGCCAAGGACCUCAUUGAGUGGAUGAUCAAUGAAGAACCCAGGAACAGGCCCAACGUGGAGAAGUGUCUCAGCCAUCCCUUUUUCUGGAACAAUCACAAGCGAGUUGAGUACUUGAAGAAAGUUGGGAACCGUGCCGAGAUUGCCAACUGUCGGAAUGCUGAAAAUGAGUUUAUUUCUUCUGUGGAAGAAUUUGUGUUUGAUGGAUCCUUGGAUGAAUGGAAAACAAAAUUCUCUGAGGAGCUGGUCAAGACAAUGGACAAAAGGGGCAAAAUUUAUCCUGAAAAUGCAUUGGGACUAUUGCGCUUCAUCAGAAACCUUUAUGAGCAUUAUCCCAAGGAUGCAGCCCAAGUUGAUGUGUUAAUGUUGUUUCCAGAUCUUUUUGGGUCCAUUUAUAAAUUUGCCAAAAAACAGGGAUGGAAUUUGGAGACACCCUUGAGAGAGAUGUUUCAAAGUGAGGAGAUGGCCACAGGCUUUGUCACAUCCAGUCCUGAUGUAGAGGAGAAACUUGCAGCCCCAGUCCAGGAGUCCCAAAGCAGUUAUGUGACUAAAAGCGCUGACAUAGGGCAGUAAUAUUUAUUACAGAUAUGGGACAUUUCUAUACUUUCAAAAUAAUGAAU